AUGAUCGAGGAUGAUGGAGGUAUUCAUUUCAUCAAAAGCUAUGACCUGAAGCCUGACAAUGAUAGAGACAUGAGCGGAGAAGCAGACAUUGGUCGUGGUGAGCUGACAGAGCGAUUGUAUUACCUUGACAACAAAGAAGAAAAUAGGUCAAAUGCAGAAGAAGAUGGUAUUGGUGAAGAUGAAGACGAAGACGAAGUUCAGGAUGAAGAUGAAAUGACCAUGGUGAAUCUGCCCGCCUCUCCACUGGAUCGUGGCGCCUUCUGUCUGCUCUCCACGCGACAGACGUUUGCAGCUCUCUGGUGGUUUGUACAGCCCCUACUUUUCGCGCUGAUCGGAGCUGAAAUUGACGUGACUAAAAUCAAAGGCGGUGCACUUGGUAAGUUAGCAAUUCCAUUAAUGCACGCCAAUCUCUUGUAUCACAAUACCAUUAUAUCAUUUGGUCUUCACUCGUCUCGGUCUGAAGAGGUGACUGAUUGUGUCGUUCUACAAGAAAGGGAUGUGUAA